CAUGAAAAUACGUGAUACUGUCACGUAUUUUAAUCUAUUGGUUCGUGGUCUGGGACACGAAAUUUCCACUUUUUUCGUGUCACCAAGCACGAUUUUCAAACUCAUGUAUUUCAAUUGGAAGUAUUUUUCGUGUCACUAAGCACGACUUUCAAACUCAUGUUCUGUCUGGGAGCGUUCUCCCUAAUGUCCCUUAAGGGGCUCCGUACAGAUAAUUUAUUGUUUAUUUUUCUCUUUUUUUGAUCAUUUUUCAACACAAAAACCAAAAAAUUGUCCGUGAUAACUAACAAUAUGACAGCUUUUGGCCACCCGUUUCUACUUUCACCUUUGAUUCUGAGCAAUUGUGACAAUUCACGGAUAUAUUUAAUGCAGGUGCGCUGCUCUGCUGGCAAACCGCGACGGUCAGAAAGGCAGGUGCUUAAUCUCUUCUUUUUAGAAUUGUAUGUUUUAAUGUUUAUUUUAUCUAGCCAUCUAUUGUUUUGUUUAUAUGUAGGCUAUGUGAAUGUGUGACUCUGACCUGAGAAAAGUGAAUUUCCAUUGAGGACGAUAUAGAUUUUAAAAAGUUUUAUCCCAAGAAUAAACAACAAAUGUUCACUCUUUGAAUCACCAAAAUAAGUGACUUAUACAGUGUUUUAAAUCAGUCAAAUUUAGUGUAAUUAAAUUAAAUCGUGUCCGUCACUGGACAGGAUAUAAGCAAGAAACCAGAGCGGCGUAUUUGCCGAUACAAACAAUAUUAGCCCACAAAAGCGUACUUAGUCCCCACAAUAUUCAUAAAUGUAAUUCAACGGUCCAAAUAGUCAAUCUCCCCACAAAACUCCUUAAAUAAAAGAAGGAAAGGGGAUGAUAUAGGUAACUUGUUUCAAAAAGCGUGGGAUGAAAUCUUUUAUGAACCGUAGCUCAUAUCAAUAAACUGGUUGUGCUGGGCAGUAGCCUGCGUUUAGAGUGAUCAUAUUGGGCAUUUUACUACAUGUGAAUUAAGAUCAAAUCUAUGAAAACGAAGGUAACAGGAAUUACUUUUUAAAUGAACAUGUUUUGCUUUUACAGCGCAUCUCAGUUAACGUGCUCUGUAACACAUUGUAUUCUAAGCGGCUCUCAGAAUAAAUAAAUAAGAAAGUAAUAUCAUUCAGACAGCUGGGUCUAUUCAUUCGUCUCAAUUACAAAAGCAUCACCCUUUACUUUUAAUGAUAUCUGUAAAAGUUGACAGCGACUUACUGACUACGUUACCCAUGAGCGUUCUCUGCCGUUGCCAUGGUGAAGACGCAAGCUAUCUGGUGGCGUAAGCACUGUCGUCAGUUUUAGCGGGGAUUUCGCUCUUUCGCUCCCGAACUCCUGUUAAGGUAAGUUGUAUGACUAUACGUCUGCUAUAUGUUUUGUUUAAUAUGAUAAAUUACUUGCAUGGUUUAAAUAUUAGGGCCAAGAUUAAAUCCCCACCAGUGAUUCACCAUUGGUCAGCAUAAAUUAAAAAGUGAAACUCUUGAAAUUAACGUGACCUUGCUAGCUGGAUAGCUAGCGUUCAUUAUAAACUAACACAAUACAGCAUUAUCGUUAUAUCCAAUGAAUUGUAGCGUUAAGCAUUAAGCAGAUGUCAUAAUUAUGACUGUAAUAAUGUGUGAGUAAAUGAAUUGUGUGAGCUCAUCUAGAGUUGUCAUUUCAUCUGUCACUGUAAAUGACUUUUAAAGUGAACUGUUUUGGGUUUUACUUUGCUCUGUGUUAAGUUGUGUAGAAAACAAGUAAGGUGCUGUCUUUGAACAAUUUAUUAUGCUCUCAUGGUGCUUUCCAGGUCUUAUACCGGCAAAAGUCCGCCAUAGAGAUAAAGAAAAACCCGCUAAAAUAAGUAACAACAAAACCCUCCCUACUUCUGGUCUUCCGUGCGGUCCUUCAAAAUAAAUGUCUGCUUCAGAGUAAAACAUACCGUAGCUAGGGAUGAACGAUUAACGGUUUAAAGGUAAAGCAUGGUAGAAUUCCUGACAGUUGAUAUUAGGCUACCGUUUCAAAACUUAACUAUCACUAAAACCGUGAUAACUGUUUGAUUUGACACUUUCACAGUAAAUUUGUCCAGAAUCAACCAGAGUUAAUAACACCCUCCCAGGCACAGGUGUAGUGUGAGUUAAUGUUAAUGCAUAUCUGAUAUGGUUUUCUUAUCAUAAGGUAUUGGCUAUAUUAAUAUUAUAUUUUUUUGCAAGCCAAAAGUGCACAUUGCUGCUAACUUAGUUUGUGAUUGAUGGUUGACAGUUUUUUUCUUUUCUCCCUGCAGCUCCUUUAUAGUCAACCCCCAUCACACCUUCUUGUCGUCAUUUUGAAUACCCAAAGGCACUUUUAAGAGCCACAUCCAUCUAUCUAUCUAUCUAUCUAUCUAUCUAUCUAUCUAUCUGCCUGUCUAUCUGCCUGUCUGUCUGCCUGUCUGUCUGUCAGUCUGCCUGUCUGGGUCCGUCUGUCGGUCUGUCUGUCAGUCUGUCUGUCGGUCUGUCUAGGUCAGUCUGCCUGUCUGUUUGCCUGUCUGCCUUUCUGUCUGUCAGUCAUUUAUCAUGCCAGGGGGGUCGAUCAAAAAGAAGUGCCCCUUUUGUGAGGCCAUUUUAUUUUGUGCCCAAAAAAAAUGCACAUAUUGUAAAAUGGAGCAGCCUGCCAAGCAGCGACUGAAGAAAAGACUGAAAAAAUUUGACCAGAAGCGAGAGGAAUGGGUGGUUGGCCUUAAAAAGAACCACAACCUGGCAUCCAUUAAGGAUGAAGCUAUAGUCCUGCUUGAGAAACUCCAUGCCAUGGGCUACAAGCCGGUUCUCCUUCUUGGCAAGGAGACAAAGACGGGAGCAACGAAUUGUGAAGUUUUAACGCCUCGUUGCGAACUUACUCUGCAGGCCCAGAACUCACUCCAGAAGAUGGGCUCAUUUUAUGAGUCUAUUUGUGAAGGUUGGAGUCAGGAAAUUCCUGCAGAUGAUGAUCAGGUGAUCACACUAACCCUCACACCGUGUGACCCCUUGGAGGUCAAAAGCCAGGAGCAGGCAAGCAGCACAGAGGGACAAGCCUACAGCUCUGAUUUGAUCAGGGCUCAUGCAGAGCGAGCCCUAAGCCUAAGCCCUGUGCAGAAUGCUGAGGAGGUGGAGAACCCCAAAGACUUGCAGACUGCUGAGGAGGUGGAGAACCCCAAAGACUUGCAGGCUGCUGAGGUGCAGAGCAGAGGGUCAGAUAUAGGCACAGUGCUUAAUCCAAGACGAAAAAAGAAAACGUCAGAGGCACCAAAGCAUCUGCCUGUGAGGAAAAAGACACAGAUAAACUGCUCCUACCACUCUCGUCUAGAGGCUUUCCCCAUCAGACGAGUUGUAAAAGAAAGAUUGAGAAAUGGCAAAGAAGAAAUAUUGGUUGACUGGAAGCCCUGUCCAGUAUGGUAUAUAUUCAGCUUUUUUUCUGCUUCUUCUAGUCCCAUGUUGGAGAACAAACAUAUCCUACCACCAGUAGUCUAAUUUUUUUCACUGUUGCUUCAGUUAAAGCGACCCAUAUGUUUAUGCAUAAUUGAUUUACUUCAGAGUGUGUUUAAGAUUUUGUUUUGAUUGUGUUGUGUUGAUGUGUGCUUGAUUCAUGUUUAAAGGUUUAAGUUCCUUGGAAAGACUCAACAAGUACCAGUAACAGACAAAAAUCCCUUCUGU